CGAAAAGAUUCGCUUUCUUAAUUACUUCAAUAGCUAUAAAUAAAAUAAACUAAAAACUAUGUCUGUGUUCGACGGCGAAAUAGAAUUUAAAUCGGUUUAUAUGAAUGAUUUUAUCAAAAAGGAAAAACCAAAAAGCCCACGUCGAAAGGCAGUGGAUGACGACUGUCUAAUCGUGGGCCUGGGGCGCGACGCUCUCAAGCCCAGAGACAAGCCACGCAAGAGCCCAGAUGUGCUUUGCCCACUCAAACAUGAAUACUACAAAGAGGCUAUCACCAGAUUUUCAGAAGACUAUCCGAAAAUAGCUAAACAACAUAUGACGAAAGAUAUAGAUCCAGUACCCAUUGAAAACGACUUACAAGAUUUGAACAGGACGGAAUAUCUUGUCAAAUAUUGUUCUAGAGAGUUGCCCUUCAUGUCGGUGAACCUGGCACGUCGUGCGCGCGCGCUGCAGACGCUGCGUCUACCCGAUGAUGUGGAGAUACCUGAUACCAGCCAGCGCGGCAGCUACCGCCAUCCCGCACCGGAGAAGUACGCAGAACAUCCUUCCAAGAUGUCCAUGAAACCUAAGUUUGAUGACUCGUUGACAAGAGAAUUGCGUCGUAUCCUACGCGUGACGACUGGAGACACGACAUACGAUGUGUGUCACGGUCUACUGGCCAAAGUUGUCCUUGAAAAGAACCCCUUCGGUCCUCCCCGCGAGGAGCCAAAAUACGGCAGAUGGAAGACACCGUUUUCUUACACUUACUACGUAUAAACCAAUAUAGUGGUUGCUAUAACCAAUAGUGAUUCACAUUUCAGUUUUAGUUUACAAAAUUAAUCUUAGUUAUUACAAAUUCUGCAUUUUAAACCUACAUUAUAAUUCUUCGUAACUUUUUUGUACAAGA